GGUGCUGGGGUCCCUGUGUGGCGGGAAGUGGUCGGGGAGUCGGAACCUCUGGGUUCGGUCCUGGCCGGGAUGUUUUUAUCCGAGGCUGGGGCCCGGCCUCGGACCCGGGAAGUUAGCCCGGCUGAACGCAAGAAGUGGGUGGAAGUGUUUAAAGCCUGUGAUGAAGAUAACAAAGGCUAUCUAAGCAGAGAGGACUUUAAGGUUGCUGUUGUAAUGCUGUUUGGGUACAAGCCCUCCAAGAUUGAAGCAGAUUCUGUGAUGUCUUCAUUAAAUCCCAGUACUUCUAGUUUAUCACUUGAGGAAUUUGUAAAUAUUGUUCGGAAAAAGAAGGAAGCUCAACUGUAUCGGAAUGAGAUAAGACACAUCUUCACGGCUUUUGAUGUGCACUAUCGUGGAUUUUUAACUUUGGAAGAUUUCAAAAAGGCAUUUAGGCAAGUGGCUCCCAGGUUGCCAGAAAGGACUGUGAUUGAGGUGUUCAGAAAGAAGGCUCCAUUUCAUAUAAGAAUGUCUUGGAUGAAACAAAAAAAUUGAUUAGCUCCUCAAAUGCUCAUCUUCGGAGUAUUCACAUGCCAUUCUGAUCACCUUCCGUGGUCUCAUGUGUAUCUCCAGGAAAACCGAGUCAGCAUUGCCUUCAUGAGCUCCCAGCCAGCCGCCCCUUAGCGAAGCACUGUCAUGACGGACAGACUGCUGUGGCUCGGACGAUGGUAAUUUGGUGGACAUUUUCUCAGAAGUGAAUGAAAUAAGCCUGUCAUCUCAAGACAAAAAAACAGCUGAUAGAAUUUAUUGCCAAUGACAGAAUUUGAGCUUUCAAGUGAUAAUUAGAAUUUGGGAAGCUUGUAUUUCCUCUGGUGAACUUGACAGUUUCUCAAUAAAGACUUUUGUGAUGAGUUCAGUAGUGAUAUUAACAAACAGCAUGUUUUUAUAUUGUGUAAGGAAAUGUGUUAGCAUUUAGAAGAUCUAUAACAUGAGUGAAUACCUAUAUUUCAAUGUCCAGCGUAUGAUGUUACAGAAGCUACACAUCUUGGUUAGGUGAAAAAUCCAUGGAAAGU